UUCAAGUGUCUCCUGACCAUUACUUCUGCAAGCCACGUAGUGUCGGUCACCAAGUUUCAAAUAUCAUCUUGCUCAGAUCGUCAGGCACCAGGAUUUAUAUGUUACGACUGCUACACAGCAGCCGUAUGCGUAAAAGUAGGAAAUUCUUGGGAGACCGUCCUAGUCGAGUCAUGUAAUACCGCAGAAGGAUUGUAUUGUAACGAGUUCGAAGGAGGAUGCUCAGCUGCCGUGGGGUCGUGUAAUCCACUCGCGGCGGAUGCCUUCGAAUGCAACGUACCCGGCGUGUAUCCUGAUCCGUUUAACUGUCGUUUGUAUCACAUGUGCUUCCUAAAUGGAAACAAUCCAGUCGCUAUCAGCAUGGACUGCGGUGGUGCCGCCUUUUCACCGGCCACUGGCGAUUGUUCGCUACCUCUCAAUGAUACAAGUUGUCAGACACCUCAGUUCAACUGUGACUUCGCAGGCCAAAUGAACGCAUGGCCUGGAAACAACAAUAUUUACUACAUCUGUGCAGUCGAACCCAACGUCAACGGCAAUCGAGUGCUUCGUCCGAGGUUGUAUCGGUGUCCGCCAAACGAAAUGUUCCAGGAUGGGCGUUGUGUUCAACGUGACUGGUCAAACCUUCCGCCAGGUUCAAUCAUACCCUAUGAAUGCGAACGUGUAGGAUUGUUUCCGGAUCACACGCAUUGCCGCUAUUACUAUGCCUGCAAUGCUGACCUAGUAGCGGAACGAAUUCAGUGUCCCGAUGGAGCAUUCUUCAAUCCUAGCAUACUGGCAUGUGUUUUAGGUUCAUGCUAAUAUUGUAUGAAAUAAAAAUUCUAAAAACCUCGUUACAUUUAAAAUGCAAUCCAAGAUUUUUUACUUAUAAAGUAUGUGCGAUCUAUGAUCUACUUAUAAAUAUAUCAUUUUCAAUCUACUGCAGUUUCUUUGGACCAUCGAACAGAUGAAAAGGGAGAACGGGCGUGCUUCAUUUCAGA